CUUUUCUUUAUGCAUGUUCGACCAUGCUUUCUUUGGUUGCUUAAUGAAUGCUCUGCACUAUAGGGGAUAUAUUCACUGAUGUGGUUGGUAGCCCGUAUUAUGUUGCUCCAGAAGUGCUUAGAAAGCGUUAUGGACCAGAGGCAGAUGUCUGGAGCGCGGGUGUGAUGAUUUACAUUCUUCUUUGUGGCGUGCCUCCAUUUUGGGGAGAAACUGAGCAAGAAAUAUUUGAAGAGGUUUUGCAUGGUGAUAUUGAUUUCUCAUCAGAUCCUUGGCCUAAUAUCUCUGAAAGUGCCAAAGAUUUAGUUAAGAAAAUGCUUGUGAGGGAUCCAACGAGGCGGUUAACCGCUCAUGAAGUUCUUUGCCACCCUUGGGUGCAGGUUGACGGAGCAGCUCCAGAUAAACCUCUUGAUUCUGCAGUUUUAUCUCGGUUGACACAGUUUUCAGCUAUGGACAAGCUUAAGAAAAUGGCUCUUAGGGUCAUUGCUGAAAGUCUCUCGGAAGAAGAAAUUGCAGGGCUAAAAGAAAUGUUCAAAAUGAUAGAUACAGACAAUAGUGGUUAUAUUACUUUUGAAGAACUUAAGGCUGGACUGAAACGAUGUGGAGCAAAUCUUGAUGAAUCUGAGAUAUAUGAUUUGAUGAAGUCUGCGGAUGUUGACAAUAGUGGUACGAUUGAUUAUGGCGAGUUCAUAGCUGCAACAUUGCAUCUAAACAAAAUUGAGAAGGAAGAUCAUCUGUUUACAGCAUUCUCAUAUUUUGAUAAAGAUGGAAGUGGUUACAUUACACCAGAUGAGCUUCAAAAAGCUUGUGAAGAGUUUGGCAUAAAGGAUGUCCACUUUGAAGAAAUGAUCCGAGAGGCUGACCAAGACAACGAUGGAAGGAUAGAUUAUAACGAGUUUGUGGCAAUGAUGCAGAAAGGAGAUGCAAAUUUAGGUAGGAAGAGGUUACAUAAUAAUUUUAGCAUUGGAAUUAGAGAGGCAACGCCAGUUUGUUAACGUGAAAUUGUUGACUCUUUCUUUAUAUUAUUUUGUAAUAUAAACGAGCUGAGUAGGUCCCAGUAUUAGUUUAUGCUAUAUGUAGACCUUUCAGUUUCAGCAUACAA